GGUGGCCGCCAAAUACAAAACUGAACAAAAAGCACCCUCAUUAUAAGAGGAGGAGACCUCGGCGGGAGGUUGAAGAGGAGGCGAGCGACCGGCCGAUUCGAGCAGCAGCCAGCUAGCCAUGGCGACGCAGGCCGCGCUGUUCGCUGGGUUCUCGCAGCUCGCCGCGCAGCCGGCCCGCGACCGCGCCGGGACGGGGGCGCCGGCGCGGGUUGGCGUGGCGGCGAUCGGGGGCGCCAGGGCGGGGGGCGUGAAGGCGGGGGCCGCCGGGCCCGGGUGGGCGGCGGCGCCCCGCGGGGUGCGGUGCCGGGCCAGCCUGAUUGAGCCCGACGGCGGGCGGCUGGUGGACCUGGUGGCGCCCGAGGAGGGCGGCCGGCGCGCGGCCCUGCGGCGGGAGGCGGUGUCCCUGCCGCACCGGCUGCGCCUGGGCCGCGUCGACAAGGAGUGGCUCCACGUCCUGAGCGAAGGAUGGGCCAGCCCGCUGCAAGGGUUCAUGCGCGAGCAUGAGUUCCUCCAAGCACUUCAUUUCAACGCCAUCCGCGGGGCGGAUGGCAGGAUGGUCAACAUGUCCGUCCCCAUCGUGCUCUCCCUCGGGGACGCGCAGCGACGGGCCAUCCAGGCCGACGGCGCCACGCGCGUCGCGCUCGUCGACGACCGCGACCGCCCCCUCGCCGUAUUGAGCGACAUUGAGAUCUACAAGCACAACAAGGAAGAAAGAAUUGCAAGGACAUGGGGGACAACUGCACCUGGAUUACCUUACGUUGAGGAGGCAAUUACCAAUGCUGGUGACUGGUUGAUUGGUGGGGACUUGGAGGUCAUAGAACCGAUCAAGUACAAUGAUGGUCUCGAUCAGUAUCGCCUGUCUCCGGCACAGCUGCGCGAAGAGUUUACCAGGCGGAAUGCUGAUGCUGUAUUUGCCUUUCAGCUUCGCAACCCUGUACACAACGGGCAUGCUUUGCUUAUGACUGACACUCGCAAACGCCUCCUUGAUAUGGGCUACAAAAACCCUGUUCUUUUGCUCCAUCCACUGGGGGGAUUCACAAAAGCAGAUGAUGUACCUCUUAGCUGGAGAAUGAAGCAGCAUGAGAAGGUUCUUGAGGAAGGUGUCCUCAACCCAGAAUCAACUGUUGUUGCAAUCUUCCCCUCUCCAAUGCAUUAUGCGGGGCCAACUGAGGUGCAAUGGCAUGCUAAGGCUCGUAUUAAUGCUGGUGCAAAUUUCUAUAUUGUUGGAAGGGAUCCUGCCGGUAUGAGCCAUCCUACUGCGAAAAGGGACCUUUAUGACGCUGAUCAUGGAAAGAAGGUUUUGAGCAUGGCUCCUGGCCUUGAGAAGCUCAAUAUCCUUCCUUUCAGGGUUGCUGCAUAUGACACAAAGCAAAAGAAAAUGGAUUUCUUCGAUCCAUCAAGGAAAGAUGAUUUUCUGUUCAUCUCUGGCACAAAGAUGCGCACUCUUGCCAAGAACCGCGAGAGCCCCCCAGAUGGUUUUAUGUGCCCGGGUGGCUGGAAAGUUCUCGUGGAAUACUAUGACAGCUUGGUGCCGUCAGAGGGGAGCAGCAAGCUGCGCGAGCCAGUUGCAGCCUAGAAGCUGGAAAUGCUUAAGAUAAUGGAUACUACUGUAUCUCAGCAAGCGGUUCUUUGCGACAUAGAACCAAUGUUAUAUGAUUGUAUACCGGUCGUAAGACCUACACUGGGCUUGAUUCAGACAAUUACUGUGUGGUUUGUAAUUGGUGUGCAUUAUCUGCUGGCAGUGUUGCACAUGCAACGCAGCCCAUCUCGUGUUCAGUGUCAAUAAGGACGGGCUCUGUAUCCUCUGCCAGAUUGUACAUAUACGUUGUGGUGAUAUGUUUACAAGGCUUGAUAUGCUUGCUAAGAUCUCUUAAGCUAAUUUGGUUUUCCAAA